AAGUGGGACAAUGGCAUCGGGAGAGUGCCUCCUGCUAGACCUGGAGAUGGAUAACUUCAUUCUCUACAACAUCUCUGCCAACCAGAGUGCAAAUUUCUCCAUGCUGAAUGAUGACUGGUUUUACCCAGCGUUCCUAUAUGCCAUCCCCACCAUCUAUGGGAUCAUCAUUUUGAUAGGCCUUAUUGGCAAUAUCACUUUGAUCAAGAUCUUCUGUACUGUGAAAUCCAUGAGAAAUGUCCCUAAUUUGUUCAUCUCCAGUUUGGCUUUAGGAGACCUGCUGCUUUUAGUGACUUGUGUGCCUGUGGAUGCUAGCAGGUACCUUGCUGAUGAAUGGCUGUUUGGCAGAAUUGGAUGCAAACUUAUACCCUUCAUACAGCUCACUUCUGUAGGGGUGUCAGUCUUUACCCUCACUGCUCUCUCAGCUGACAGGUAUAAAGCUAUAGUAAGACCAAUGGAGAUCCAAGCAUCCCAUGCACUGAUGAAGAUUUGUGCGAGAGCUGCUAUAAUCUGGAUUGUUUCCAUAUUGCUUGCCAUUCCCGAAGCUGUGUUUUCUGAUUUGCACCCCUUCCAUGACAAAGGCACUAAUAAAACCUUCGUCAGCUGUGCUCCUUACCCACAUUCUGAUGGGCUACAUCCCAAAAUCCAUUCAAUGGCUUCAUUUCUGAUCUUUUAUAUCAUUCCCCUGUCUGUCAUUUCCGUAUAUUAUUAUUUCAUUGCUAAGAAUUUGAUCCAGAGUGCUUACAACAUCCCCGUGGAAGGAAAUACGCAUGUGAGGAAACAGAUUGAAUCUCGUAAGCGCCUGGCCAGGACAGUACUGGUCUUCGUGUGCCUCUUCGCCUUGUGCUGGCUUCCCACUCACAUCAUCUAUUUAUACCGUUCCUACCACUACUCAGAGGUGGACACCUCAGUGCUGCAUUUCAUUGCCAGUAUCUGUGCUCGAAUCCUGGCCUUCACUAACUCUUGUGUCAACCCGUUUGCUCUCUACUUGCUCAGCAAGAGUUUUAGAAAACAGUUCAACAAUCAGCUCUUCUGCUGCAGAGCUCGUCUCCUUAUCCGCUCUCAGAGCAUGGCCAGGAGCACCACGCGCAUGACCUCCCUCAAGAGCACCAACCAUUCCCUGGCUACCUUCAGCCUUAUCAAUGGCAACCACGCCUGCCAUGAAGGCUAUGUCUAAAGUUCAUAGUCAGGUACCAGAACAGGC